AUGCUAUAUGGAGUCAACAUAAUCAGCGUAAUAGCACAACUUAUUCACUGUGAGUUACAUCAUAGAGGGACUGGCAGAACACUACAUGCGACUGUGAUUUAUGCAUUCAAUGAUGUUGCACUCAGAAGAGAUCUAUGGCAGGCAAUCAAAGACAUUCAUGUUCAGAUGAAAGGCCCCCGGGCGAUAAUGGGGGAUUUUAACUGUGUUCUAUAUAAGGAAGAGAGAAUGGGAAGCCCUAUCACAAUGGCAGAGAUAAGAGACUUUAAGAAAUAUGUUGAGGAUUGCUCAUUGAUGGACCUUAAAUUCACUAGAGCAUUCUUCACAUGGACAAACAAGCAAAGUGGAGGGGAUAGAGUACUCAGUAGAAUUGAUAGAGUAAUGGUGAAUAAUGAGUGGGGUCUUAACCUACCUGCAUCAGUAGUAAAUUACAGGAAUGAGGGGUUGUUUAAUCACUAUCCAGUCAUUAUAAGUUGGGACAAAGGUAGCCAACCGAAGAAUAAAAUGUUCAGAUACUUCAAUAUGUGGAGCUUGGCACCAGACUUCAAGGAGAAAUUAAAGUCAGGAUGGAGGACUGAUAGGAAAGGCACUAAAAUGUAUGAACUAGUGGGAAAACUACACAAAAUCAAACAUACAUUGCAAGAGCUAAACAAAGAUAGAUUUACUGAGGUUGAGAGGAAGGCAGAUGAGGCAAUGCAGAAACUUCAAAAUUUUCAGGAAAGAAUGCAAAGGGAUCCAUGUAACAUCCAACUAAUAGAAGAAGAGGCUAUCCUGUCCGAGCAAUGCAAAAAAUGGAAUAAUGCUAGAGAGCAGUUCUUGAGGAAAAAAUGCAAAAUACAAUGGCUGACUCAAGGAGACAUGAACACAAAAUUUUUUCAUAGUAUGAUGAAAGCAAGAAGGAACUCCAAUAGAAUAUUCUCUAUUGACAAUGCAGAUGGACAACACACAAAUGAUCUAGAGGGGAUAGCUAAGGCUUUUAUAACCUUCUAUGAAAGUCUAUUGGGAACCAAUCAAAGGGAUAGGGAGUGUCACACCCUUUUUUUACAACCUCACUAA